AUGGAGAGAUUGAUAAAGGUUGCACGAGCAGCACCUGAGGCGCAGACGAAGCUGAGGGCGGUAGCAUGGGAAUUAAAUGCCAUAGCGUGGACUGUCAAAGAAGAAAGGAACAACUACGAAGGGGCAGUUGUUGCGAAUAGACUGAGUGAAGUUGAAAAUUGGAAAGUUCUGUUGCUCGAAGCUGGUGGGGAUGAGACAGAAAUUUCAGAUGUGCCCCUGAUGGCUGCUUACUUACAAUUAUCCGCUUUAGACUGGAAGUAUAAGAGUGAACCUCAGGGACAAGCAUGUUUGGCUAUGAAUAAUGGCCGUUGCAACUGGCCAAGGGGCAAAGUCAUAGGCGGCUCGUCAGUUCUGAACUACAUGCUGUACCUGCGAGGCAACAAACGAGACUACGACCUCUGGGAAUCCCUCGGCAACCCCGGUUGGGGUUCCCAAGACGUUUUGUACUACUUCAAAAAAUCGGAGGACAACAAAAAUCCCUACCUGGCCAAGACCCCUUACCAUGCCACCGGCGGCUAUCUGACGGUUUCAGAGCCCCCUUAUCAUACCCCACUGGUGGCAGCUUUCGUCGAGGCUGGCAAGCAGCUGGGAUACAAGAAUAGGGAUAUCAAUGGGGAGAUUCGUGCCAAUAAAGAGGUUAUCCUGUCGGCAGGAUCUGUCAACUCUCCCCAAUUAUUGAUGUUGUCUGGAGUUGGCCCGAAGGCAGAGUUGGAAAAGCACAAAAUUCCAGUGGUGCAAGACCUGAAAGUAGGCCACAACUUGCAGGAUCACAUCGGGUUAGGCGGUUUGGCGUUCCUGAUCAACAAAGAGGAUUCUAUCACCCUCGACAGAGUGUAUUCAGUAGGUGAGAAAAGAUAG